CAUUGUCGGCUAGAUCUCUCUCUGCAAAAGACUUUCCAAGAACGGUGUUCUGGUACCUUGGCCGUUCGAGGCGCCCUUCGGGUGCUGUCAGUGGUUGAGAAUUGAGCCCUCGGAACAUCUCCUGUUAAGUUUGUGUGCUUCAAUCAAACGAGCGUUCCAUUGGUCAGCGAGCGUUCGAUUCGUGGCCCUCGGUGUUCUCGUCGCGUGCGUCGCGCCGUCCAUUCCUUUCUUCUGGCGUUUGGGAAUGUCUCGCGCUUCAAAACGAUUCUAUCGGCUCGAAGGUGCGCAGGAUGACGAGGUACUCGAUAGAGGCGAGAGCGCUGCUCUGGAAAAUCGGUGGAUUUUCGAAACGUCGUGGGAAGUCGCCAAUAAGGUCGGAGGAAUCUACACCGUGAUCCGUUCGAAAGCCGAAAUCAGCGUGGAGGAGCUAGGGAAUCAAUACUGUCUUUUGGGACCGAUCAAUGAGAAUCUCCUACGCACUGAAGUCGAGGUGUUGCCCCCUCCGCCGGGUCCAUUUACCGAGGCUCUCAAGGAUUUCGGGGAGCAAGGAGUCCGAGUCAUCUACGGGCGAUGGCUGAUUGACGGCUACCCCCAAGUGGUCCUUUUUGACAUUGGAUCGGCGGCAUGGAAAUUGGACGAAUGGAAAAAAUAUCUUUUCGAGUUGAGUGCCAUAGGAAUACCGUGGCACGACCAGGAAUCGAACGACGCCGUAAUUUUCGGUUUCCUCACGUCGUGGUUUCUCGAAAGCUAUUACAACGCCGUCAGCAAACUCAUCGGUCAGCCUUACAUCGUUGCACAAUUCCACGAGUGGCUUGCAGGGGUUGGCCUCCUGCUCUGCCGACUGCGAAAGCUGGAUAUUUCCACCGUUUUCACGACUCACGCUACCCUGCUCGGCCGGUACUUGUGUGCGGGAAACGUGGAUUUCUAUAACAACCUGUCCCAGUUCGACCUUGACAAAGAAGCCGGCAACCGUGGGAUCUACCAUCGAUACUGCAUGGAGCGAGCGACAGCCCGCGCUGCUCACGUUUUCACUACGGUCUCCGAGGUGACAGCGAUGGAGGCCCAGCAUCUCCUGAAGCGCAAAGCCGACGUCAUUACGCCGAACGGUUUGAAUGUGAAACGUUUUAGUGCCCUGCACGAGUUCCAGAACCUGCACGCGAUUUCCAAGGAAAAAAUACACGACUUCGUCCGCGGUCAUUUCUACGGACACUACGACUUCGAUUUGGACAAGACAUUGUAUUGUUUCAUCGCGGGUCGAUACGAGUUUUCGAACAAAGGGGCUGAUUUGUUCAUCGAAGCCCUGUCGAGAGUGAACCACAAGCUCAAGGAGAGCGGGAGCGACGUGACGAUCAUUGCGUUUCUGAUUUUCCCCGCGAAAACGAACAAUUUCAACGUGGAAUCACUUCGGGGUCAGGCUGUCUGCAAGCAGCUUCACGAAGCAGUCGACGAGAUUCAGAAACGUAUCGGGAAGCGUCUUUUCGAAACGGCGCUCAGCGGGAGAAUCCCGACGAAUGACGAGUUGCUGAGGAACGAAGAUGUCGUGAAACUCAAGCGCGGCAUUUAUGCCACGCAACGCAGCGAUCUACCUCCCGUUUGCACCCACAACGUUAUCGACGAUGAAACCGAUCCCGUACUGAACGCGAUUCGACGGUGCCAACUAUUCAAUAAGCGAGAAGAUCGCGUGAAAGUGAUAUUCCAUCCUGAAUUCCUCUCCUCAACGAAUCCUCUGUUCAGUAUGGACUACGAGGAAUUCGUCAGAGGCUGUCACAUCGGAGUUUUUCCAUCGUAUUACGAACCCUGGGGCUAUACGCCAGCCGAGUGUACUCUUAUGGGUAUCCCGAGCAUCACGACGAAUUUAUCCGGUUUCGGUUGCUUCAUUCAGGAGCACGUCACGGAUCCGAUGUCGUACGGUAUCUACAUCGUGGAGCGUCGUCUCUACAGCCCUGAGGAGAGCGUGUGUCAAUUAGCUCAAUUUUUAAGCGAUUUCAGUCAGCUGACAAGACGUCAGCGCAUCAUCCAAAGGAACCGGACGGAACGUCUAAGCGACUUGCUCGACUGGAAAAAUCUUGGAGUCUACUACAGGAAAGCGCGUCAGGAGGCAAUCCACAAGCUGCAUCCUGACUUUGCGGAACACGCAACCAGCUGCAAGCUCCAGCUCAAGUACCCCAGACCAAUCUCGGAACCUCCCUCGCCUUCGCAAUCCAGGACGUCUACCCCAGCCCCGUCCGAGCACGGCAGCGGGAGUCGAGAAGAGAGUGAAGACGAAAGAGAGUGAUUGAGAUGCAAAUGCAAUAAAACCGUUGAGUGUCAAUCA